AUGAAAUCUGUGGAGUCGCAGCUCACGAGCGACGGAACCGACGUCACGCACACUUCAGAACUUUGUUUCUCUAGCAAGCCUGCGUACGGAGACCUGAGUCUGCACGGUUGGGCUCACUUUUUGCGCACGCAAUUGCGAAGUUGUGAAAGAGCGCGAAAGGCGCGGCUUCUCUAA